GGCAGUGCUGGAACCAGUGUUUAGUAUUCCAAUAUAGAAGGUAAGGAUUUUAAAAAGGAAUACUUUAUAUUAAAAAAGACCUCUGAGUUUUAGUGGACUGCAAGUUCAAGGCAGAAGAACAGUAAAGGCUAGGUAAUUGGGAUUAAAGAACUUGCCCCAUACAAAAUACUUUAUAACUACAUCUCCCCCUCUUCUGUUGAGUUUUUUUAACUCAAGUAUAGGUUUUUACCUUCUAUUACUGCUGAAAUCCAAUAAUAAUGCUUCUAUCUGAACACUAUACUUUCCAGCCCAAAUUCUACUUUACUUACCCACUCUACAUUGAUCUUUGAGUACUUUCAAUAUUUUGUGUUCUUCUUAAUUUGCCCCCUCCCCCAUCACAUAUACUUGUUGUAUAUUAGCAUUUUUGUGAGUUUAAGUUUUCUAAGGGCAGGACCUGUCAUAAUGCCAGUUUCGUUACUGAGCACAUAAACACCAGAGCAUUUAUAGAAUUGAACUUCAUCUUCAACCGAAGCAAAGGAGACACCAACUGAGCUACUUGUGUACUGGGGGAUUAUUGGGAAGAAUAAGGAAGUGGGAAACAUCAGAUAUAAACAUCUUGAAGGCAGUACAUAGGACAGGAGGAAGAAUAAAAUUCAAAACUUAUCAUUCUAACCCAUUAUUAACAGUCCACACAUGUGCCAAACUUUGUUGUAUAUGUUUAAAGGGUUGCUACCUUGAAGGUUCACACAUUCUUGGUGGAACAUCAUUAUGAUUAUGAAAUAAGCACAUGUAUGGGAUAGGAACUAUUUGUUUCAAAUGAAGCACAUAAAUAAGGGGGGAAAGGGAAAAAAAACAGCCUCUAUAUGGGCACUGCUACGGACUUUAUAAAUAACUUAUUUGAUCACAACAAUCCUGGGGAGUUUGUACAAUUAUGAUCCCCAUUUUACAGUUGAGAGUGAGUCAGACAAAAAUUAAGUGACUUGCUCAAAGUCACACAGCUAUUAAGGCUAGGCAGGAUUUGUACUCCAGUCUUUUUGACUGCGGGCCUUUUGGCACCACUCAGCUACAUAACAGUAAACUGAGAUGUGAGUAAGGGGGCUCUGGGUUACACAAUGCUUCCUGGAGUACAUGGUAUUUGAGGUGAAUUCUAAAGGCUUACUCUACUGAGUGCCUAAUAUAUCUCAGAUAGAGUCUGUCCUAAAGCAGCUCUACAUUUUAUUGGAAGCAUAUAGCAAAAACAGAUGGUAAAAAGUGAAAAUAUAGGUGAUAUCAUGGAUAGCGUGCUGGGCUCAGAGCCAGGAAGGCUUAUCUUCCCAAGUUAAAAUCUGCCCUCAGACACUUAGUGGCUGUUUGACCCUGAGCAAGUCACAUUAUUGUUUGACUCAGUUUCCUCAUCUGUAAAAGACAAGGAAAGCCCAAAGGGGAUCAUGAAGUGUUGGCCACAACCGAAACAAACAUCAAAAUAUACAAAAUUUCCAGGAGAAAAGCACAUGCCUAAUAUUCAGAACAAAUCUUAACCAGAGAAUUGGGAUUCCAGGUGGGUGGCACAAUGGAUGGAUCAAGCAUCGGAAUAUAUAGGAGGGAUAGGUAGGUAUCCUUUCCUUGGCUAUUAGCAUUUCUGCUCCAUUUACUUUUUUACUUGGGGGGGGGGGGCAGACUUUACUCUCAUGUCCUGCUCUGGAGAGUUUUCCAUCCCCCAUUCCACAUUGUUUCCACUCUUCACACUGGUUCAACUUUCUGUUUUCUGAGUGGCCAGAGCAGGCCAAAGGCCAGGGGCCUUGGGCACUGUUGCUCAUGAUUUGCUUUGACCAAUCAACUAAGCAAGACUUGAACCUCAACCCCAUUUCCUUAGAGGAAGCCGGAGGACUGUGGUCAUUGGUAAUAAGAAGCAAGGAAACAGCUGCCCCUGAUAUUUCCCUGUUUUAUCUGUCUUUCAAGGGGAGAGGUUGGGGGAAGGGAAAAGGAAAAUAAGUAUUUUCUUCAUCAAGGAAAAGGUUAAGUCUUGCUCCCUGACCAUAGGAUGCCACAGCUGCCAAGGGACUCUGGAGUUCUGAAUCCCAGCCCAAUGCAUUCAUUCCCUCUAUGCUUUUCCCCACCUAAAUCAUCACACUCUGUGGGCAGUGGUAUGGGGUUUUUGUCUCAUCUCUUGUCAUUCAAUGAGUUAUUUUGAGAACUAGUUUGAUAAGGAGCAACUUCCUGAGGUUAGCAUGGGUGGGGUAGAAGAAAAGGAGAAUUGAUCUUAAAGAGUUCCAUUCAGAAGGCAUCAGCUUAAGGAGGAUGACUAGAACUAAGUGCCCGUUGCCUGCUCUGUGGCUCUUGGGAUGGACACCCCUGCUUUGGGGGCCUGGUGGUGUUCUCCCUGCCUGGGCCCUGAACCUGGAUCCCAAAUGGCCAACCCUCUACGUUGGCCCCAAUGGCAGCCACUUUGGAUUUGCUUUGGAUUUCUACCAGGAUGGCUAUGGAGGCAUUGGCAUUGUGGUAGGAGCCCCACAGGCUGUAGGCCCCCAGGGGGAGGAGACUGGAGGUGUGUUCCUGUGUCCCUGGGCAACCCAGGGCAGUUCCUGCAGCCCCCUGACCUUUGAUCUCAAGGAUCAGACCAGCAGGGUGGGGCGCAUCACCUUCAAAACCUUCAAGACCAAACAGGGCCUUGGUGCAUCUGUUGUCAGCUGGAAGGACAACAUUGUGGCAUGCGCUCCCUGGCAGCACUGGAACGCGCUAGAGCUGACAGAGGAGGCCGGACAGACGCCCGUCGGGAGCUGUUAUGUGGCUCAGCCCAAGAGCGGCCGUCGGAUAGAGUACGCUCCGUGCCGAGAGAAUGCCAUGAACCAGCUCUACUUGAAGAACUAUCGCCGAGACUUGCGCUACUGCGAAGUAGGGUUCAGUUCCACCAUCACCCAGUCUGGAGAGCUGGUCCUGGGGGCUCCUGGAGGCUACUAUUUCAUAGGUCUGAUAGCCGGGGCUCAGCUUUCUGACAUCGUGUCCAGCUACACUCCAUCCGCCCUCCUCUGGACGGUUUCCUCCCAGCGUCUGAGCAGGGACAUCUUUAGGGCUGAGUACCGGGAUGCCUACAGGGGGUACUCAGUGGCUGUAGGAGAAUUUAAUGAAAACCCUAAAGAUACAGAAUAUGUACUGGGUGUCCCCAACUGGAGCACAACGCUUGGAGCGGUGGAAAUUUUUUACCAGAACCACAGCCUCCUGCAGUUGCUUCAAGGAGAGCAGGUUGCAUCCUACUUUGGGCAUACAGUGGCUGUGACUGACAUCAACAGGGAUGGGAGAGAUGACCUCCUGGUAGGUGCCCCACUCUUCAUGGAGCACAGAGCCAACCGAAAGUUGGCAGAAGUAGGACGUGUCUAUAUCUACCUGCAAUCGCGAACCCCACACACCCUGAGCAACCCCAAGCAUCUGACUGGCACGGAAUUAUAUGGGCGUUUUGGCUCGGCUAUUGCUCCUCUUGGUGAUCUGGACCAGGACGGGUACAACGACGUAGCAGUAGGGGCCCCGUUUGGAGGCUCCGAUGGACAGGGCCGAGUGUUCAUAUUCCAGGGGCAGGACGAAGGUCUGGGCCCUCGCCCAUCCCAGAUUCUAGAGAGCCCUUUCCACCGAGGUUCUGGCUUCGGCUUUGCCCUGAAAGGGGCCACUGACAUCGACGCCAACGGAUAUCCAGACCUGCUGGUGGGGGCAUUUGGAGCCAACCAAGUGGCUGUAUACAGGGCUCAGCCUGUGGUGUGGGCCACCGUGCGAUUACUGGUGCCAGAGGUGCUGAACCCAGCUGUGAAGAACUGCGUCCUCCCAAAGACCAGGGCUUCCGUCAGCUGUUUCAAUAUCCAGUUGUGUAUCAGCAUCACUGGGCACAGAAUCCCAGAGAAGCUUCGUAUAAACGCUGCGCUGCAGCUGGACCGGCUGAAACCACGACAGGGUCGGCGGGUGCUACUGCUGGGCUCUCUGCAGUCGAGCACCACUACAGAAUUAGAACUAAGCAGUGGACAUACCCCUAUCUGCCACAGCAUCGAGGCCUUCUUGCGGGAUGAGGCUGAAUUCCGGGACAAACUGAGCCCCAUCAUGCUCAGCCUUAAUGUGUCCCUCAAGAAUGAGGGGGCUGGCGGUCCCCUGCCCCUUGUACUGAAUGGAGACACUCAUGUACAGGAACAGACGCGCAUCGUACUGGACUGUGGGGAAGACGAUGUAUGUGUGCCCCAGUUACAACUCAGUGCCAACGUGAAAGGUUCUCCGCUCCUCAUUAGGGCAGACAACGUGCUGGAGCUGCGCGUGAACGCCUCCAAUGAGGGGGAGGGCGCCUAUGAGGCCGAGCUGGCAGUGCACCUUCCCCCGGGUGCCCAUUUCAUGCAGGCGCUGAGUGACGUCAAGAACUUUGAGAAACUACUUUGUAUCCAGAAGAAAGAGAACGAGAGUCAGAUAGUGCUGUGUGAAUUGGGCAACCCCAUGAAGAAGAAUACCAGGAUGAGAAUCCUGAUGCUGGUGAGUGUGGGAAACCUGGAGGGAGCUGGCCACAGCGUCUCCUUCGUGCUGCAGAUUAAGAGCAAGAACAGUCAAAAUUCCAACAGCGAAGCCCUGCGACUAGAAGUCCCCAUCAGGGCCAAAGCCCACGUGGAGCUUUUUGGGAACUCCUUCCCCGCGUCCUUGGUGCUCGCUCCACUCCAUGAGGGGACCCUGGCGGGUGAAUACUCAAGAAAUGUAGAGGACGUCAACUUCAAGAUCGAGGACGCCGCCAAGGUGGAGCAUGCAUUUGAGCUCCACAACCAGGGUCCAGGGACGGUGACUGGACUUCAGCUUUGGAUAGACUUCCCUAGCCAGUCCCUGUUUGAUGACGUGCUCUACGUGCUGGAGGUUCAGGCCCAAGGGGGCCUCCAGUGCUCUGCUCAGCCUCCGCCCAAUCCCUUCAAUCUGAAGGUUGGGCCACCGUCCCCUGCUCCCAGCUCUACUCCCCAGUUCCAGCAUGAACGAGAGAAGAGGGAAGCUCUUGCUCCAGAACAUCUAGGGGGGCUCCAAGAACCCAAACUCCUGAACUGCAGCACGUGGCACUGCACCUCGGUGUCGUGUGAGCUGAAGCAGAUGGAGCGAGGCCAGCGGGUCAUGGUCACCAUAUCCACCAUUCUAUGGAUGCCUGGGCUCCUUGAGAGGUCGCUGGACCAGUUUGUCCUGCAGUCGAAAGCCUGGUUCAACGUCUCUGGGCUGCCUUACGAUGUGCCUGCUGAGAGCCUGCCUCAUGGAAAUGUCGUGGUGGAGACCAAGCUGCUUCAGGUAUCUCUGGAAGAAAGGGAGAUUCCCACCUGGUGGGUGGCCGUGGGCGUGAUAUGUGGCCUCCUUCUGCUGGCCUUGCUCAUCCUUGUAAUGUGGAAGGUUGGCUUCUUCAAAAGGAAUCGCCCACCCCUAGAAGAAGAUGAAGAUGAGUAGACGAAUACUUCCUCUCCUCCCUCCUUCAUACUUUACAGUUGGGUUUGCUGCCCGCUGCCCUCCACCUGCCUCUUAUCCCUCUUGGUGUGUGUGGAGGGUGGGGGAAGGAAGGCAGCCAGGCAGGGCUGAGCCUGGCCAGACAAGCCCUCCCAAAUCCAGGCUUCUCUUGCUGCCCUCCCUGAGCAUGGAUCUUUUGAUUCUGUCAUAAUUCCCAGAAAAAUGGACCCUAAUAAAUGAAUCUGAUGCCUAA